GGCGCAGAGCGCCGCGGCCCUGCCCGAGGAGGUGACAGUGCCUGCGCCCGGCCCCGCGUGCCUUCUGACUGACAGCAAAUAAAAUUCAGCACAACAGCAGCUUGGAUAAACCAGUUUGAUUGGUGUUUGUGCAUCAAACUGUUCAAAAUGGUCAGAACAUCAGCAUACCUAAGUGUGAAGGAGGAAGUUCAGAAAAAGUGUUACCUCUAAGCUCUCUGAGAUCUGGCAACAUAAUCUGUAUACUUCAAAUAUAGAAGAACAAGAUGAUUUCAGAGAUUCAAGCACCCUGUAAGGACCAAUGUACCACAUAGCUCAUGGAAGAAAAAAAUCAAAUCAGGGCAUCCUUGGUUUCCAGGCUACCGAAAUAUGGAACGAAAACUUCAGGAAGUGUUUUGCAACCUAUGCCAAAUGGGACAGCUGUUAGUUUAGCAGGGAAUAAUGGUGGCAAAAGUUUCAGCAAGCACAAUGGCACUGUUCACAUGUCUUCGUUUUCUUUCAACUGGAAAAAGUCAAAUAAAUACCAACUUAAUGAUCAUAGUGGGAGAGACACCAACUCUAGAAGUAACUGUAAUGAAAAAUUAAUUGAUUCUGAGAAGUAUUCUCAAUCUCAAGGAGCAUUGUGUAAUGAUGUGCUCAGGGUGGGUGUGAACAGUACUGCUUCAGUUACAUCAAAAGCAGCAAAACAAACCAAUAUGUUUGUAUCUUCUACUGAGGAAUUAAACCCAAAGUCUUUGCCUGGACUCUCUAGUUCAGCAAAAUUUGCCAAAGGUACCCUGUCAGGAAGGACCUCAUAUUCUGGACUCAGUGCUCCAAAAUCACAUUUAAAUGGCUUUUAUGGAAAUAGGACGGUGGUAGGUUUGCAGAGACCUAGAGCUAAUUCCAAUGCCACAAGGACAAGUUCAGGAGAAGGCUUAGCACAAUCUACAGACAACAGCAAGUCUUUUUCCUGUGAAAAAAUGGUAAGAUCACAAAGUUUCUCACAUUCCAUUCAGAAUUCUUUCCUUCCCACUGCAUCUCUAACCAGGUCACAUUCUUUCAAUAAAGCUGUGGAUCUUACAAGGCCUUAUCAUACUCAAAAUCUAGCUGCCAGGACAUCUCAGAGGUCAACUUUAUUGUCAAGAAAUGCAUGUCAGUUGGAUGUACCCAAUGGAAAUGAACCUAUGAAGUAUGGAUUUGUCAGACCCUACUCUGGUAUGUCAGCUCUUUGUUCAAAGAAGCCCCCACUAUCAAAUGGAUCUGGGUCAGCACCUUCUUUUGGAUACAGGUUAAGUCGGCCUUCUCUGCUGAAGCCUGCACGGCAGCGAUUUGCUGGAAAUAUCGAUAGCAACAAAAGGACAACUUCUGACAUGUGCAUCAUGGAGAACUCUGAAAUUUCAACAAAUAUUAACAGAACAAUUGAGAAAAACAGUGUUAUAGAGAGCAAUGCUCAAAGAACAGAAUCUGAUGAGGGUUUGCAUGAAAGUGUGGGAAAACAUGGGUCAAAAGUCAUGUGUAUGAGCGAUGAUGGAGAUGAAAUAUCUAUAUCUUCUUUGUCAUCCUCUGAAAAAAUUGAUUUGAGUGAAGACUUCAGUGAUGAUUUCAUAGAUAUAGAAGACCCAAACAGAACUAUACAAAUACCAGAAAAGGAGAACUGCCAUAAAGAAUUAGAUCAUGGGAAUAUAAUGUCAAUUGAACCAUUCACUUCUCUCAAGGAAAGUGGAGGAUCUUGCUGUAAUACUGAUGAGUGGCUUGAUAUAAACGUGUCUGCAGUGGAUGACAACAGUGAAAGUACGAAGCAUGCUGCCGAGAAUGUGAUUUCUCCAGAGACAAAUUACAGAGCUGGCUCUUCUUUUGAGCUUUCUCCAUCUGACAGCUCUGAUGGCACGUAUAUGUGGGAUGAAGAAGGACUGGAACCUAUUGGGAGUGUCCAUCCAUGUGGAAGUUAUGAAUCAUCAGAAAUGAACAGUAUAGAUAUCUUGAAUAAUCUUGAUUCAUGUGAUCUUGAAGAUGAUGAUCUCAUGCUUGAUGUGGACCUGCCGGAGGACCCACCUCAUGAUAAAGAGGAAUGUGAAAAUAUGAGCGGUUAUGACAGACAAGACAGAAAUUCUAGGCAACAUCAGGAGGGAUUCUGGAAAAGGGCACCACAGCAGCGAUGGAAUACACAGGAUCACUAUCACCUUGGCCAUACUGAUCACUAUAUCCAUAGUAAAAAUGAUUUAAAUAGGGGAUCAAACUACCUAGAAUCUCCUGUUGGUCACUUUGAAAGCUAUGGAGCACCAAAUUUUUACCAGGCUCCUAGACAGGUGGUGGGCUUACCAGAGACUACUGUGAUGCUUGAUGAAAUGACCCUUCGGCACAUGGUCCAAGACUGCACAGCUGUAAAAACUCAGUUAUUGAAACUGAAGAGAUUACUGCACCAGAAUGAUGAAAAUGUGUCACUCCAGGAUAUUCAGCUCUCAGUUCCAUCAAGUCCAGAACUGCAAGAACCUGAAACAACUUUUAAGAUGGAUGAUCUGCUGAAUGAGAUCAGGCAGCUUAAAGAUCAACUGAAGAAGAAGGAUGAAACAAUCAACCAAUUAGAGCAUCAACUUGCUACUAGGUCGAACUGCCAGAAAGACAGUCAAAAACCUGCAGGGGCAACACGCACGUAUGCUGAUAAAUUUACGCAAACCUCCUGGAGGAGGAGUUCUCCUCAAGUACUACAGCCUUCCAGCAGCCUUCCCAGUUCCACAGACCUCGCCCAGGGAAAACUAAUAAAAAUGCCACAUAUCGAGGCCCACAGUGAAUAUCCUAAACAUGGUCUGCAUGAAAAUAGUAAUCAUCAGAAUCAAAAUGCUGCAGAUGUCUCUCUCACAAAUAGCCUGAAUAAUGUAAACUCUUUAGUGAGCAUACAGUUAAGCAUGAAAGAUGAGAAUGCAUCAUAUUUGGAAAGUUUGGAAAACAAAAACACUGAAGACCUUGGAGAGGUGGCUAGUAAUAAAGAAGGUACAUUGCUGUCUCGUUCCUGUUCUCAGACCUCCACACGAGCUGAUGCUAAAGAGGUACAGACUGAAUUAGCUCUGAAAGGUCAACCCUCAUUCACAAACCAGGCUUCUCGGCCAAAGACUGUAAGAAUCGCAAAGCCCCCAAAUGCUUUAGUGCCUCCUACAAUGGCCGUUCUCACACAAUCUGCAAACCAUUCCGCUGCUUCCAAGGAGUGUGAGCUUCUACCAUUAAGUAGUUCAGCUCAGCUACAGCCAACAUCUGGUCAGGAUAACCUAAAGGGUAAACAGAGUCAGAAAGUGUCUAAACUUCGCCCACCAACUACAUCCCUUGUCAAAUCUAAGCAAGUGAGCAGUCAGAAAUCCAUACCACUACCCACAGAGCCUCAAAACACCUGUUUGAAGACUAACAUCCCAAAGCCACCGAUACAGAGAAGGGAAAACAUUCAAACACAGAAUACCGGUUUGCAUUCUGGGGAUAGUUUGUCCUCUAAUCGGCAUUCCCGCCUCCCUAAACCAAAGACACAGAACAUACUUACAUCUCACUGAAUGAUGCCAUACAUUAAGCUACUAUGUUAUGACUGCCUUUGAGGCUGCUUUAUCUACAGCCUGCAAAUCCUGAGUGAAUAUUAGAAGUAGCAUCUUUAAUGUUUGCUUAUUCAUCCUGAUAUGUUCAGAGGCUCAUGUUAUGACCUGUGCAGCUUCUCUGUAUUGCAGGUCUGUAUUAAAGAUUAUUUCCCAGUGUUCUUAGGGAUGAAGCAAAUACCGAAGUCUGUAGUGGCCAUGAAUACCAGAAUGCUGCACUAUGUAUGUCAGGAUGGCAGAUAAUUUCUUACCUCUGUUUAUUUGAGUUAUGAGACAAUGAAAUUACUGUUUGUUUUAACUUCUUGGUUCUGAGUACUCACUAGGUUAGAGCAGUGGAAAAUUAGACUUGCUAGCAGAUGUUUUAUUGGCCAUAAUUCUGACUCUGUAUUCCAGAGGCCUAUGCAAAAAUCCUUGUAUUUAUCUUAAGACUGACAUAUUUAAUGUUAUUUAAUCUGAUGGGUUGGGUGGGUUGUGUUGUUUUGUUUUGCUGUAAUCUGAAGUUGCUCUGUUCUUUAUUUAUCCUGUUUUCACUGUUCACAGACAAUAAGCAGAUUUCACAGGGUGAAGUGAAUCUUCUCUCUUAAACAUCAUUAUUUAUUAAAAUACUGUGGUAUGUUUUCAGUCUGUUGAAUAGAUACAUUACUGGGUAGAUUUGAAAUGCAGUGCUAAGGAUACUUGUGCAAAACCUUCAAAAUAGGCUCUUACAGAUUGGUAAGUUCCCUCUGGGAAUAAGGGGUCCAUAACACCUGUGUCAAGGUUGCACAACAUGCAUUUUAAUUAAUAUUUUUUAACUUUAAUUGUACUACUUGUAUUUAUUGACUUUUGUUUAACUUUGAAAGACUCUGAAGUACCUGACUUGAAUUUUGCACAAACUUUGCCAUAUGUGUAAGAAUUUGAAACUAUUUUACAGAAUAAAACUUGUAUGAAAAAGCAACUAUUUAUAAAAAUAUGAACCCCACUUGUUUGCUUUGAGCAAUCCCAUUAUGUUCUAGUCCAGAGCUGGUACUCUUAAGAGUUUGUCAGAGAUGUGUAUUUUGGGUUUGGGUUUUUUGGUUUUGGUGGGUUUUUUUGUUGUUGUGGUUGGUUGUUGUUUUGGUUUGGUUUUGGGGUUUUUUUUGUCAUUUUUGAAGAACUACACGAUAACUGGGAAGGAGCUUUUGGGGGAAAUAUAGGAAAAAUUAAAACCAAACCACAACAACAAAAAAACCCCCACACCAACCUGUUCUCUAGGAGAAAUAUAAUUUCUGAAAGUGAUCUGGAAAUACACGCCCAUCGUGUUGCAACUGUGGGACCAUGACAUUUGUGCUGUGAGUUAAAUAUGUGCAUAUCCAGUGAAGCUUUCCAGACACUUAAUGUUAUGUCCCAUCUACAAUUCUGUUUUCUUUCCUCUGGAAUAUUGCUGAUUGAUUUGGUUGGGUUUUGUUUUUUGUUUGGGUUGUCCCUCCCCCCCCCCCCCUUUUUUCUUUGUCCUCUUCUUGGAUUGGUUUUAAGAUCAGUGGUAGUAGGCUCUUGCAAUAACUUAGCUCAAAAUUGGUUCUUGGACAGCAUAUCAUGUCAGUAAAAGAAACAUAUUUUUUCUAAGCUUUGGCUAUGUGAUAUUGAGAGAGAGCAGUAUUUUCUUUGAAAGAAUUAAAUUGAAUAGGUAUAGACACUUCAUAAAUAAGUUCAAUUAUCAACUUCUGUAAUAUAAUUUAAUUAGGGGUAUCCUGAUGUAUACCUUAGUUAGAUGGGAGAAGGCAAAAAAUAUAAUGCUCACCUGAAUUUCUCAGACUGUAAUUAAUACCCAAGAAAGUUUUUGGAUUGAUCACACUGAAAAUUGUUUUAUCUAACAAUUAAAUGGAAAAAUUAAAAGCUUGGGGGAAAAACAGGCAUGGAGGAAGGUCUUUUUCGUAAGUGAUUAUAUCAACCUGAAAUAAGAGACCUGCAGGACUUUCUGCUAACUGGGGCGAAGACAAUGCAAGCAAGAAGUAACCAGGGUAACGUUGUUACAGUUGAUACAGGAUCGAAAUAACUACAAUUCAAGAUUGCUGUAAUAAUUAUUCUCCAGGAAAAAAUCCUUCCUUGAGAAGUAUUGAAUUAGAUGGCUUUUGCUGUAAGUAUUUACUUUCAAUAAGAAAAUAAAACUGACUUUUAGCUGGUCUUGGCAGCUAACUGUGCUUCUUGGGAGUUUAAAACUGCUUGAGGGAAUGAUCAGUCUCCUAGGUCAUUUUCUGGUCCAUAUAGAUUUCUGUGGAAGGUGGGAUUUUUUAUGUUUACUUUCCUUGAAGAAAAGCUGAUUUUAUUUUUAGUUUUGUAUGAUUUUUGGUAAAAAAAGAUUAUUUUUACUUAAUGCUAUUGACAGAUGUUUCACCAUGAAUUAUUUUGCUUCUUGUUUGAGAAGUAUCAGCAGCCUGAAUUAAUGAUGUUAAAAAAUUAUGUUUACAUUUAUAAGUAUAGAUAUCUAUCUGUCUGCACCUUUACUGAAAAUUAAGGAACGAAGCAAAGAGAUGAUCAGUGUUCUCAUACAAAAGAAGAUAGUUUGUAAUUAUUUUUUUCCAGGAAAGCAAAAAUAUAUUUAUUCUGUUGGGGUUUUUUAGUGUUUUGUUGGUUGUUUUUUCUGUGUUAAGAAUAAGUAUAUUAUUUUUUUUUUAUAGCAUUUCCCCAUUUCUGACAGAUUAGUGAGACAUUGAGCUGGAGACAGCAGGAUUUGAUCACAGAUGAGACAAAUGCUAGCCUGAGUUGUACUUGUAUUCAGCUGCUGAGUUUUCAUCCCUCUAAAGACAGCUACGUAUCUGGCUCUUCAGACUUUACCAGGGAAGGCUCUGUUGCAUGUACAGUAAGUCCAGAGUAUGAGCAAAGCCUGUCACUAGAUGGGCAGCUGAGAGGGAAAAAUGGAAGCUUGGAGUUUCACUUCAGUGAAGGACAGGGGUUGGGAGGAGACGGGUAAGAGGGCUCUGUGUAGAGCUUGUCAAAUGGGAUUAAGCAAGUAUUUUUGGGUAAUGUAUCUACUUUACUGGAAGGUGCAGAUACAUAAUCAGUACUGGUGCAGGUUAUCUUAAAUGUGUAAAUUAUUCGAUAUCUUUAGGGAUUUUUUUUUUAGGUUUCUAAAACUGGUUUAUUGCAUUUUUUUGUUGGAUUUCUCAGUCUUUUCUGCAAUAUUCACAAAAGUAUUAAACUACUGUUCAGUAUGUGUGUACAGAGGCAACUACGCAUUUUAACAAAUUAAUAAACACAUAAAAAAGUGAACCAGAACUGCACUUUAAAUGAGCUAAAUUGCUUGGAGUUGUGCCUAAAAUAAUCUAGAUGCCUCCUGCUGUCUAGUGUUGCUGUUUCCAAGGGGUCUUCACAACAGUUUCACAGAAUCGAUAAGCACUGUAGCAUGUUUAAAAAUAUUUAUAUAGUAUACUGAGUUUUUUGUUGUGCAAUGACUUAAUUUUACCAUGGAAUUUUCAUACUGAUGAUGCAACUGGAUUAUUACCUUCCCCUUCCCUGAAGCUAGCACUUCCUACUGCAAAUCAAGGCCAAUGGCAAAAGUUCCCUAGGACACUAGCAUAACCCUUAGAGAAUAAUGCUCCCAGCAUACGUUUUUAUUUGAGGAAAGAAGUGCAAUAUUAUCUCCUGGAUCUUCUCAAUCACAGAUGCCCUGAAAAUACCAAAUAGCACUGGUUGUUUUUUUUUUUUUUUUCACAUAGUUGCAAAGAGUGAAUUCCUCAACUUUACAUCUCAUAGCACUGAGACUAAACGUAGCAACUAGACUGCAUCAUAGGUCAGUAAAAUUCAUUUCAUCCUUGAACUAAAUGCUGAUUUGUUGUGAUGAUGCUAGAAAACAAUACCAUGUGCGUGAUUUACUUUGCAUGUCAUAUCCAUAUACACAUUCUGAAGUGUCAUACUUGGGUAGGUUGCAUGUUGGGGGAAGUAUUUCUGAUUUUGCACAGCACAUAAUACUCCUAAUAUAGACAUUUUCUUGCCAUACAAAUGGAAUCUGUUCUUGAAUUGGGAUUCUAUAGCUAUUUCUUAUCUUGUUACAGUGCUUUUUCUGAGCAGAGUUGAUUUAAUACAUGAUCCUGGUGGUAGGUCUCAGUAUAGUCAUCUCGCAACUAUGCUAUCAAGAAAAUUUAGUCACUGUUGUGGUAAAGCUGCUCACUGCCUACUUAACUGUAAAAGCACCACAGUAAAAACAAUAUAAUUCCAGUGUCAGUGAACUCUUAAAUUCAGUACUAGCUUAAACAAGAGGUACCCUUACUAUCUGCUUCAUUUCAUUUUUUAACCCAGGCCAGAGUAAAUACUGUAUAUCGGAUAUUUGCUUGUAAAGUUGAUUAAAAAGAUCUGUAUGUAAAAAUUCUUUCCUCAGUGUUGCUCUAGUGAAUAAAAAUAAAAGUCAUCAUUCUAGUAAGUA